CAGUGGAGCCCGCUCCGGGCACAGGUUAUAAAAGCUCGGCUGCGGCAGCCCACUGCGGAGUCAAGAUGCGUCCGAAGGAACAGGUGCAGAGCACUGCCGGGGACGGGACGGGGUCGGGGGACCCAGCAGCAGGGACCCCCGCGACCCAGCCUGCCGCCAAUCCGGCCCCGGAGCCCUCGGCGGAGCCCAAACCUGCUCCGGCGCAGGGAACCGGGUCCGGACAGCGAGCUCCAGGAUCCCGCACCAAGACAGGAAGCUUUUGUCGGUCCAUGAUAAUCGGCAAUUCGGACGCGCCAUGGACCCGCUACGUAUUCCAGGGGCCUUAUGGUCCCCGGGCCACUACCCUGGGCAAAGGAAAGGCCGAGGGAAUCUGGAAGACGCCAGCCGCGUACAUCGGCCGGAGGCCUGGCGUGUCCGGCCCUGCGCGCGCGGCGUUUAUUCAAGAGCUCCAGGAAGCACUGUGCCCUAACCCACCCCCCACGAAGAAGAUCACCGAAGAUGAUGUGAAAGUGAUGCUCUAUUUGUUGGAAGAGAAAGAACGAGACCUGAGCACAGCCGCUCGCAUCGGCCAGUCCCUGGUGAAACAGAACAGUGCUUUGAUGGAGGAGAAUAACAAACUGGAAACGAUGCUGGGCUCAGCCAGGGAGGAGAUCUUACAUCUCCGGAAGCAGGUAAACCUGCGAGACGACCUCCUUCAGCUCUACUCGGACUCUGAGGAGGAGGAGGAGGAGGAAGAGGAGGAAGAAGAGGGGGAAGAGGAGGACCAUGAAGGAAAGCGGGAUCAAGACAGGCGGCAUGAUCAUCCUUAUGGUGCCCCCAAGCCGCCCCCUAAGGUGGAGUCACAGCACCACUGCCCACAGCUGGAAGCCCUGCAGCAGAAGCUGAAGCUGCUGGAGGAGGAGAAUGAACACCUGCGGGAGGAGGCCUCCCACCUUGACAACCUGGAAGACGAGGAGCAGAUGCUCAUUCUGGAGUGCGUGGAGCAGUUUUCUGAAGCCAGCCAGCAGAUGGCAGAGCUCUCGGAGGUGCUGGUGCUCAGGCUGGAGGGCUACGAGCGGCAGCAGAAGGAGAUCACCCAGCUGCAGGCCGAGAUCACCAAGCUACAACAGCGUUGUCAGUCUUAUGGAGCCCAGACUGAGAAACUGCAGCAACAGCUGGCUUCUGAGAAGGGAGUCCACCCAGAGAGCCUGCGAGGGAGCUCCCACGUGCAGGAUUAUGGGAGCAGGCUUCGUGAGCGCCAGGAGGAUGGGAAAAGCCAGCGCCAGCGCUCCUCGGGUUCCGUCACCCACUACGGAUACAGUGUGCCUCUGGACGCACUUCCGAGUUUCCCAGAGACACUGGCUGAGGAGCUCCGAACAUCUCUACGGAAGAUCAUCACUGACCCUGCGUAUUUCAUGGAGAGAUGCGACAUCCGUUGUAAGGAGGAGCGAGAGCAGGGGAAGGGGGGGGUGCCACCGCCCCCACUGCCGCAAGAUCUCAAGCCGCCUGAAGAUUUCGAGGCUCCGGAGGAGCUGGUGCCUGAGGAGGAGCUGGGGGCCAUCGAGGAGGUGGGGACGGCUGAGGAAGGGCUUGCCGAAGAGGCAGAGCAGGCGUCUGAGGAGACCGAGGCCUGGGAGGAGGUGGAACCAGAGCUGGAUGAGGCCACGAGGAUGAAUGUGGUGGCCUCCGCCCUGGAGGCCAGUGGCCUGGGCCCUUCACACCUGGACAUGAAGUACGUCCUCCAGCAGCUGUCCAGCUGGCAGGAUGCCCACGCUAAGCGACAGCAGAAGAAGCAGAAGGGGGCCCCGAAAGACUCCCCACCGGCCCUGCAGCAAAAAAAUCUGGGGGGCGGGAUCGUGGAGCAGCAGCAGCCCGGGGUGCAGACCCAGGACUCGCAGAGGCUGGAACAGGAGAGGGCCACUCACUCUCCCAGUCCCAGGGAGGAAGAGGGGCCUUCUGGGGCCACCUAGGCCUGGGACGAAGGCCUCUGCCAGCAAGGGCCACAGGCGGACCAGUCCCCCCGGGUGAGUGAGGGACUCCUAUAGGGUGGUAGGGUGGGUCAGGGUCUCCUUUGCCUAUCUAGAAACCCUGGAGUUCCAUGCUCUGAGGGCAGGCUUUUUCGGCUCUGCCUAUGAGGAGCUGUCCGUGAGUUCAGAUGACUUGGCCCUGGGUCUUUUCCUUGUGAUAGUUCCUCUUGUCUACACACCCCUGUGGAUAGGUAUAUGUGACCGUGCACCCUGUAUUAGAAAAAGAACCCGAGGUUCGGAGAGCUGAGCUGACUUGUCCAAGGUCCCACAGCCAGGAGCAGAGCUGAGCCUGUGUCCGUCUCCGGAGUAGUGAGACCAUGGCCUGGGCUCACUGCUGUGCACAGCUCCUGCGCACCACCUGACGUUUUUAACUUGUUGGCAGCCUUCUUUCAUGCUGGCCAGCUCUCUCUCUCUCUCUCUCUCUCUCUCUCUCUCUCUCUCUCUCUCUCUCUGGCACCAGUGGGUAGAAUAUCACUGGCUGCAGCACAGUAAGACUGUGCAGGUUGUAAAUGGAGUCAGCAUUUCUGUGACUGACCGGGGGAGACCUGAAUACUGUCCCUGGCGGUUUUUUUUUGUCGUCUCCUGACACACCCGACCGGGUCUGAGGUGGGUCAGGCUCCUGGUUCACACCCCCCUCUUCUCUUCCAGGCGUUGCUCUUCCCCAGCAGCCUGCAGAGACCCCACAGAUAGCUUGAGACCCCUCCUUGUACUGCCUGGCUAAGUCACACCCUUUCUUCCCUUCCUCUGAACCGACCUCACGUCUGCCAGCAGGCCUAUCUCUGUCCUGACGGGCCUGGGCCCAAGCCUCCACCCUCUUCUAGGACAGGCUGAAAGAACCCUAGUCCUUCAUUCCAAAACUGGCACCAAAGCUGUGGCUCCUGGGGUCCCAGUGGCGGAAGCAACCUGUGGGCAGAUUGGCUGGGUACCAGACCCAGCUCUGAGAUGGGUGUGAGUGGGUGGGUGGGGGGCAGGUCCUUAGGGUAGGCAGUUAUUGGGAGGACCCCCUCUACUCCUUAAACUGCUCACAUAAAGGGACCUCCCCAGCCCUGGUUGGCUUUCGAACCCGGCUCUUUCUGCUGUCCCUCAUCCUCCUGUUCCUAUUGCCGUGUGUAACGUGAAGUGUACCUGAGUGGGGGUGGUGGAGGGGUCCCUCCCCCAGUGGUGUCUCAGUCUCCUGUGGCCUGUGAGUUCCCCUGGAUUCUGCCCUUUCCUACAUCUUUGCUCAUCCAUAGCUGUGGCCUCGGUCCCUGCCCUGCAGUGCCUCAAAGUCUUGUAGCUUGUCAGCCUUUGUAUUGAUGUGUGUGCCAACGUGGAAAUAAAGAACUUGUGAGCUACC